CUCCGCCCCUGGGGUGGGAAGAGCUAAGAGCUGAUCUGAGCGAAGCUUUUCUCCCCUCUUGUCUCUGCCUUCUGGAUGUUUCCUCCGCAGCCCAGUAGGCCCAGAAGAUGCCUGGAGGGAGGCAGCUGUGAUGGGAACCCGCCCAGAGGCCCCCCGCCUGUGCCGGGCCCCCUGGCUCCUGGGAUUCACCAGCCUCCUCCUCAGCGCCUUCAGCACUGCGGUCAGGAGCUCUGGGGCCCGUGGAUCUGGAGUGGAGGAUUCCAGAAACCUAGUUUCCCUGAAGGGGACCCAAGGAGGUUCUGUGGUGUUUCAUGUGACCAGACGUCCAGAAGUACCUCCUGAAGCCAAGCUGGAGAAGAUUUCUUGGGCCGUUAAAAACGAGUCAAACUACAUAGUCCUCCUGCACGUCUCUCCUGGGGUGGAUGUUCCAGAAUGGGUCAACCCCCAGGACAAGUUCAAGGAGAGGCUCCAUGUGCUCAACACAACGACCCUGAGGAUUGACAAGCUGACCCUCGAGGACAGUGGGUGGUACCGGGCUCGAUGCUCCUUCAGCACAGGGAUAGAAAAUGCCCAGUAUUUCCACCUCAGUGUCUACGGUACGUGGUGGCCCCUCCCCCAGGACAGGCUUACCCCCUGCUUUGGUCCCUGGGAGUGUGGCCUUCUGCACCUCAGGCUUUGUGGUCUCGGCCACCAUCGGAGCAGGGGGCGGGGGGGCCAGAACAAGAUAGAUCCUUCUGUCCCUGACUCUGUGACUUCUGGAGGACACCUCACUGUGUUAGAAUUAUUGGGUUCUGAGCCUGUGCCCCGUCCCCAGGUCCUGGCCAAGGUUCUGUCCCUCACACGAGACUGGUGCAACGUCACCCUGGAGUGCCACACCCCGGGAGCCACAGGGGCCGUGAACGUGUCCUGGGAGAGCAAGGGCCUCCCCAGGGAGCUGGAGCAGAGAGGGGCCCCAGGACCGGCCCCCAACCCCUGGACCCUGGCUCUGAACCUGCCCCUGAGCCAGCCCAGCCCCAGGGUCACCUGUGUGGUCAGCAACCCGGUGGACCAGAAAAAUGCCACCCGGGACCUCGGGGAAGUGUGUGUCCACGGUCCACACGGACAGGCCGGUGAUGCUCACCUGGGAGCAAUCCUGGGGGUUCUUGGUGUCGCGCUGCUGAUCCUCGGAGCUGGGCUGUACCUGCGGUGCUCACGUGGGAAGAAGAAGAGCUUGGAGACUGGGAGAGGUGCAGGGUCGCAGGAGAAGCACAGGGACCAUGGUGGUGGCGUCCUGUAUGCAGAGCUCAGCAGACCGAUGUCUCAGGACGGCAGGGAUAAGGGAUCGGAGGAACCACAUCUAGUACAGGAGAGUCCUCUCACCACUGUGUACAGUGUGGUCCGCACGCCAGGCCAGGUCAGGAUGGAGUUUUAACUGGAAGAAGCAGGGAAUCCAGCCUCUGGCAACACCUCAGAUGUGAGUGUGAAGCCUGCACCCUGGUCCCGCCCCUCCCCCCGACUGCUCUGAGCUGGGACGGAUUGAGCCGACAUCGGUGAAUUUCUACAGACACUUGUUUUCAAGUUCACCAGAGGACACACAUUAUGGUAGAUGGAGGGAGACCUGAAUAUAUAGAUGGGUCCAAACCUGUGUUCUAGUCCAGCUCAGCCUCAGUUCCUUGGCCUCCCUGCACGGACCUCAGGCUCAUCCACAUGGAUGACAUGAAACAGGGAGAAAUGUCAGCCUUGUCCUCCAAGACGUCCACCCAGCCUGAGGGGACUUCAGGAGACUCUGUGUCCCAGCGGACCCCCUCCAUUGCAUAAAAAUCAUGCCCAAGAACUGGAUGGAGAGGAAGGAAAGGGGAGGGGAGGGAGCCUUGAGGUCAUGAGUGGACAGUCCUGCCCUUCCUGUUCCUGCUCAUCUCUGGGACAAGAAGAGUGGAGCAGAUGGCGUCAGUGGUUCCCAGGAGGGUGUUCCUGUUGUGAGUGGUUUAGAGAACGCUGUGGAAAACAGUUAAAGGGCCACAGCAGUGAG